CGAAUAAAGGCGAUAACUUUCCACUUGAUGAUGGUAUAUCAUAGCGUGGCUAUGGCCGAGACAGAAAUAGAGACACGAGUAUUUUAUUUAGCCAAAUAGUCGUAUAUUCUGCAAAAGCUUGUUUUCCCGUCCACAGUACAAGUCGAGUCAGGCAAAGAAUAAACUUUUCAAGACCGACGAACGUGGUAAUCAAAUUAAUGAUUCAACGGCGCGGUUGAGCGUAGCCUCAAUAUUUGUUCGGGCUCCUGGUGGUUAGUUAGUUGGAAUCUUGAUUGUUCAGUAUUCAAUUUUGUUCGGUUAACAAACGAUAGUGAAACUUGCAGUUUCCCAUGAUUGGUAGAUAAAUCACAACAUAAACUUUAAUAUCUAUCUCGUUCGGUCUUCGCGGAGCCAAAAAGAGUAUCUUUUUGGGUGUAUCGUUUUAUCUGUCGCCAGCUGCGUCAUUCGUACUGUUGAGGCGGCGAGAAAAUGGCGGUAAUAAUCUACCUGGUUUCGGCAGUGGUGAUUAUUAUCACGUAUGUGUAUAUCAGUUUUAAAAAAUCGUAUCGACUGUGGUCUUCUCUAAAUGUUCCAUAUUUGGAGCCCAGUUUCCCAUUCGGGAAUCUAAAAGAUAUCACCAAGUCUCGCCACUUUAUCUACAUUACCCGUGACUUAUAUGAGAAACUGAAAGGAAAACGAGACUAUGCAGGAAUCUGGUCUUUUAAAUCACCCAUGCUAUUCGUCACUAGUGCGGAUUUUGCAAAAGAUGUCCUAGUACGAGACUUCGCCACGUUUGCGGACCGCGGAGUCUAUUCAAAUCCAAAGCAUGAUCCUUUGUCUGGAAACUUAUUUUUCCUGGAAGGACCAGAUUGGAAAUCUCUUAGAUCAAAAUUGAGCCCGGCCUUUACUUCAGGCAAAAUGAAGACCAUGUUCCAUACCGUAACAGCAGUCGCAGAUGAACUAACUUCCUACAUGGAAGAACAAAAAAUUGUAGGCACAGAAGUAGACAUGAAAAACCUCAUGGCACGUUUCACGAUUGAUGUUAUCAGUUCCUGUGUAUUUGGUCUGGAAGGAAAAAGCAUAAAGGAGCCCAAUUCGGAAUUUCUCAGGAUUGGCCUGAACGCCAUAAAACUGGGAAAACUUCGACAAUUUCUUACAUUCGUAGCCAUGAUAAUGCGAGAACAAGCUCGCUCAUUAGGAUUUCGUAUGUUCAACGAAGAAACCACCGAUUUUUUCACGAAUAUGGUUCACGAAACAAUUGCAUUCCGACGAGAGAAUAACUACCAUCGUAACGACUUAAUGCAAAUCUUGAUCGAACACUUGAAGUUAGUGGAAGAAGAUGAUAGUAACGACAGCGGAUUGACUAUUGAUGAAGUAGUUGCUAAUUCUUUUAUAUUCUUCUUCGCUGGAUUUGAGACUAGUUCUACGACACUCACAGUAGCGCUUUAUCACCUGGCGAAGAAUCCAAAUAUCCAGAAGCAAGCGCGUGCAGAAAUCUCAACAGUUCUAUCCAAGCACGAUAAUAAACUUUCUUAUGAGGGACUAGCUGAAAUGGAGCUAUUGGAGCGUAUAUUAUUAGAAACUCUUCGACUAUUCCCCCCAGUCGGAACAGUACAUCGGGUUUCCAACCAAGACUAUACUCUUCCAAAUGGUGGCGUUGUUCCAAAGGGAACUUUCCUAGUUCUACCAGUCUACGCAAUGCACCACGAUAAGGACGUUUUCCCGGAACCAGAACGAUUUGAUCCAGAACGUUUCACGGAAGAGGAGAAAUCGAAACGACAUCCAUUCGCCUUCCUUCCAUUCGGCGAAGGACCGAGAAUCUGCAUUGGCGCUAGAUUUGCAAUGAUGCAAACAAAAAUUGCAUUAGUGAAAUUACUAAGCAACUAUCUGGUAAUAACGUGCGAUAAUACUCCAACUACUUUGGAGGUAGAUGAAUCUUCGUUAACGGUCGUUCCGAAGGAUAGUGUAUGGUUGAAAUUUGAAAAGGUUUAAAAUUCGAUUCCAAUAUUCGAAUAAUGCAGUUGGGUAUGAUACCGGCAUUUAUUACAUUUUUGAUAACACUUUGUCCGCAGUUAUUUCUUUGAUAAGAUAACUGUAGCGACAUAUCGUCGACGUACUUUUAAUUCUCAAAAAAGAAGAGUUAAUGAUAAUUAUAAAAAGUAACGAAGCAGCCUUUGUUUCAUAAUAUUAUUAAGAAA